UGUGCCCCUUAGUAAACAUGGCGGUAUGGGGUGGAAAACGAAGUGGGAAGUGGCGAAGCUAUGCUAAAAGUUAUUUUAUAAAUAUAUCAUAGGACAUACGACGUUCACUUGUGGUGUUAUUUGCUGCGUAAUUUCUUGUUAUUUUGGAUAGGAAAGUUAGGAUCUGUUUUAUCUCGUUAUAUGUAUAAUUUUUUUUUCUGUUUUAAAAGCCAUAAGUAUACGGAAGCAGUAGUUAUCGUAGACGGUCGUCUUCGGAAAUAUCAAGAUUAUAUCAAGAUGAACGCAGCGGUUACAGACAUUUUAAGCUCAGCUGCGGGACAGAUUUCCAAGGUCUUGAGAGAAUCUGGAACUGUGAAUGGCAGUGAUUCAUUACAGCAUUGUGAAGAUCAUCCUCAAAGCCCCAAAUUAUGCGAUAUGAAGUUGAUCGACGCAGAACUGGGUCUCUCGGAAGAACACUUUUCAUGCUCUGAGGAACAUUUUGGAUUUUGCACGAUAGAAGAAUUGGAGAUUGCCAUUGAGAACUGCAAAGAAAUGAUUCUCGAAUCUGAAGAAAACUCUGCAAAAAGAAAAAAGCUAGUUGUAAAGUUAGUUCAGCUGAGGUUGAAACUGCAAGAUAUAAAGGAUGCCGAUGUGCCGUCUGCUGAAGUAAGAGCUGUGAUGGGACACCACUUUGAAGCCCAUAAUUAUGAGCGUGCGCAGCAGUACUGCGAAAAAUGCUGUGGAAGCAUUUGGGGUGUAUUAUAUGGCUUCUACUGUUGUAAAGACUGUGGCUACAAGUGUCACUACAAGUGCCUCAACACAAUCACAAGGACAUGUGCCUACAGAAAAGUACUUGAAAAACCAGAGUACAUCCUUGAUAUUUGCCCUGAGCAAGGAUUGUCUGCUCAGAAUUACAGAUGUGUGGAAUGUCAAACAAGGAUAUUUCCUCGCUUUGUCGUUCUGGGCUGGACUGGCAGCGCUUUGACGUCCUACUCUCUUGGGUCCCUGAUAGAACAAGGACAGCCUCGUCGAUGUGAGUACACAGGGCGCUACUACUGCUCAAGUUGCCACUGGAACAGCAACAGCAUCAUCCCAGCACGAGUAGUGCAUAACUGGGACUUCUCACCCAGAAAGGUUUGCCGUGCAUCGCUACAGUUCUUAAGACUCAUGGUGAAGAAACCAAUCUUGGACCUAGAACAGCUAAAUCCAAUGCUAUUUUCCUUUGUGGAUGACUUAAAGCGUGUGAAGAAACUACGCAGUGACAUCCUGGUGAUGAAGUUGUACUUGACAUCAUGCCAUGCAGCUCAGGAUAGCAAGCUGCUACUGCUAUUGCACAAGCGACAGCAUUUUGUUGAGAACUGUCACAUGUAUUCACUUCAAGACCUAGUGGAUCUUCAUGAUGGCUCGCUCCUUACCUACAUCACUCAAGUCCAUCAUGUGUUCUUCAAACAUAUCACCAUUGAAUGUCAGGGGUGCCGUGGCAAAGGAUUCCUCUGCACCCUGUGCAAAAGUGACCAAGUCCUCUUUCCCAUGGAAGAAGAUACAGUUGCCUGCCCAGGCUGUUCCACCAUUUAUCACAAAACUUGCAGGGAGCAGAAGAAAGAUCCUUGUCAUCGCUGCCAACGACGGUCUCAGCAACUCCAGGCAAAACCUUGAGCAUUCUCAUCAUUUUAGCAUCCACUGUGAUCUGACAGCAUAUUUGUGUAUAGACAAAGUUUUUUGCAUGCAUUUUUAAUGUAAGGUAAGAGCUAUGCACGUAUUAUUAUUGUUGUUGUCAAACGAGAUGCAUGCAACAUGAAGUUUUAUUAAAUGCAGUCUACCCAUAUCAUUUGCCCUUCUUGAAUUUGCCACCUCCAGUUGCCCCCUUCUUCUUUUUUGAAGAUUUGUCUUUUUCUUCAUUCUAAACGUGUGAAAAUAAUACGUUUUACAAGAAGCACAAGAAUUUUCAGGUGUCACUGUGGAAAGAGCUUGUUACAUAUUAUGAUAGGCACAAUUGUUGCUCUUAGGUCUGCAGCAAAUGGCUAUGCAACUAUAGCAGUUAUGUACUGCCAGUGUACCAUACAUGUACAGUAAACACUAAAUAACAGGAAGGACUAGCUUGAGGACUAGUCUGCCAUGAACCUUAAUUUCAACCUGUGCCACUUAUAUUUAUAGAACACCAUUAAAAAAUUGGCACAGAACUUUGUUCAUACUUGACAAAUCCUCAUGUGUAGGGCACACUUGUGUGUCUAUGAAUGUCUGCCACUGAUCAAGGUUUGCACCAAUGCUAAUGCAAAUAAUGUUUGCAUCAAAAACACUUGCCAGCGACCACUGUUGGAACGACGGCGCAACGUUGUGCAACAGACAUUUAAAAAAAAUUGUCUAUUACACAUACGUAACUCAAAAUUCUUUAAAAUGGCUGUCCGACUGAACACACGCUAUGACUAGGGCCUGACUUUUUCGGGUUUUAUUUUUGGCCAAAUUCGGGGGGUAAAUAUCGGGUGAUAUUUUUCAUUUGAAAAUUCGGGUGUAUUCGGGUGAUUUUUUUUUUUUUUGUUUAAUAAAAAUUUGUCUUAACAUGGAACUAAUGUUUAGCAAUGUUAUCAAAGUUUAUUUUAAUGCACGCUUAUAAGUGUGCCACGCGACCCGGAUGUUUUCGGGUAGAUUCGGGUUAAACCCGAAUUUUACAGAUUUCGUUCGGGGGGUAAAUAUCGGGCAGAUACGGGUUUAACCCUAAAAAGUCAGGCCCUAGCUAUGAUUCUGUUAUGGUAGAUAGGAGAGAUAUGUUACAUAACACAAGCAUGGCCACUUGCGUGACACAAGUAUCCUUAGUGUUGCCAUUGCCACAUGUCAGUGAUUUGGUUACGGUGAUACACUCAUGGUGGAUUGAACACACAUUAAGCAGUGAUAUAUCGGGGGAAACCCUAUUUAUAAGACGGCAGCUGGCCUAUAUCGGGUGUUCCCAGAGCCAUACAGCUCUUGCACUUUGAAGCCAAGUGGGCUAAUAAAGCGUUUGCAACCAUU